AUGGAAGCUAAGAAUCAAACGAUGGUGACUGAAUUUCUUUUCUUGGGAUUUAGAAAUCAUCUCCCACAGCAAAUUGUCCUCUUUCUGAUGUUUCUGUCUUUUUAUCUGGUCACUCUCGUAGGGAAUUUGGGCAUGAUCAUCCUGAUAUGGAUAGACUCCCAGCUUCACACCCCCAUGUACUUUUUUCUCAGUCACUUGUCCUUUGUGGAUGUCUGCUCUUCUUCUACUGUUACCUCAAAGAUGUUGGCUGACUUCUUUGUGGAGAAGAAAACCAUCUCUUUCCUGGGCUGUGCAACUCAGUUGUGGUUCUUUGUACUCUUUGUAACCACCGAGUCUUUCCUUUUAGCUGCAAUGGCAUAUGACCGGUGUAUGGCAAUCUGCAACCCAUUACUGUAUACAGUUAUGUCCCAGAGUGUCUGUGUACAGCUCGUGAUUGGACCUUAUACCAUGGGCCUUCUGGCCUCUACUACUCAUAUGGCCUUAACCUUCUGGUUACCCUUCUGUGGCCAGAAUGUCAUCAAUCAUUUCUUCUGUGAUGUCUCACCCUUGCUCUCCCUUGCAUGUGCUGAUACUCACAUCAUUAAGUUAAUCCUUUUCAUCAUGGCUGGGCUUGUUGGAGUCUUAAGUGGCCUCUCCAUUCUUGUCUCCUACAUCUAUAUCCUGAUAGCCAUCCUGAGUAUCCGCUCCGCUGAUGGGAGGUCAAAGGCCUUCUCCACCUGCUCCUCCCAUCUGACUGCUGUCAGUAUCAUGUAUGGAACCCUUUUCUUUAUUUAUGUGAGACCCAGUGCAAGCUUCUCACUGGAUCUCAACAAGGUGGUGUCUGUGUUCUACACAGCAGUGAUCCCCAUGUUGAACCCCUUCAUUUAUAGCUUGAGGAACAAGGAAGUGAAAAAUGCAUUCAGAAGGACUUUAGAAAGGAAGAUGCCUCUAUUGAGCAAGUAA